AUGCGUCCCGACACCCCACUACGGGACGCGAAGGGCGUUCUCAUCCAGGUGGUGACCGUCACCUCUGGGGUCCUGGCACCCCUGCCCUGCGACCUGGAGUCAGGGGGUGCAAAAGAGAAGCUCCCACAAAUCAGGGAAAGGAAGGACACCAAGGCAAGGGCGCCUCUCAUCACCGUAAGAAGGCCCCAUCCACGGCAGACGCCAACCUCACUUCACCGACCGAGCCAGAGGAGACACCCAAGAGGUGAGCCAGCCUCCAAGAAGGCGAAUGAGCCGUCACAGGUCACCAUGGGCAAAGAGGGGAGAUUUUCCCAAAACUUAGACUAUGCAAACAGAGGCGAGGCUGCCAUGGGCUCCAGGGCCUCAAACGCCACCAACAAAAUCAAAGCGGAAGUGUUCGCAGCGAAUCCAUCACACAGACGGCCUUCAAGGGGCAGGGGUCCACCAGCCCCAGGUGGUGCCACAGACAGGCAGGGGAAGCACACGGGCACAGUCAGACACCCCACCAGGACAGAGAGCUCCAUGGCAGGCCCCAGGGCGGGUGGGACCCCAGGGGGAUCCCGUCGGAAUCCUGCUGCUCUCACUCUGUCCCCCCGACUGGGGCGCCUUUUCCCAGCGUCAUGUGGGAACCGCCAUGCCAUGUCCCGCCUCGGCUUCCCUCCACCCAAAGGAAGUCUCAUGGGUCCCCGACUCCUGCCUCUGUGAUGAUCCCCACGAGGGCUGCAGCGGGGAGAGCACAGCGGGGUUCAGCUUCAUUCCCCGGAGAGCCCCAGCAAGAGG